AUGGCAGACUGCGCUACUUGCGACCCGUCCAAAAUCAUGCAUGUCUCUGUCAUAUCCGUUUUUGCUUUCCUUGCGCUCAUGUCUCUCAUAUUUCGGUUAUGGGCUCGGAUGAUCAAGAGAAACAGACUUGAAUGGAAUGACUACCUAUGCGUUGGAGGCCUAGUCUUUACGCUGGCUUCCACCUCUGUUUCAGUCCACUCGUAUGUCUACUGGGGCUUUUUCUCGAGGAGUGUCGCGGGAGAUUCCGACAUUGUAGUCCUUCAAUACAAGGCUUUGCUCGUAGGGCAACUUCUCUGGAUCACCGCCGUGACACUGAUACGCGCAUCAGUCCUCUUCUUGUACAAUCGAAUUUUCUGCACGAAAUCCUUUCGCAUCGCGUGCUAUGGGAUUCUCUCAAUCAAUUUGGCUUACUUCACAGCAACAGUGCUGGCAUGUUGUCUAAUAUGCCGACCCUUCGCUUUCAACUGGGACCAGUCCAUACACGGGUCUUGUGGCGACCAAAAGUCUCUAGAUCUAUUCAUUGGAGUCUUCAAUUUAUUGAUGGACAUCACAACCGUCGCAUUGCCAAUGCCCGUCUUAUGGGGGCUUCAAAUGCCGACCGGAAAGAAGAUUGUUUUGAGCGGACUGUUUUCAAUGGGUAUAGCCAUUUGCAUCAUCACCUUAGUCCGGAUCAAAGUAACAACCGACAUCACCGCCAACAAUACUGCAGGUCAGUACGCGCUGAUCGCGCUUUUAACCUGCCUUGAGUCGUCACUCGGUGUGGUCAAUGCCUGUCUUCCGGUCACAAAGCCCGUCUUCGAGAAGCUCAAACCUACGUUGCUCAUCAGUCUCCUGUCGGGGCGGACCUCGAGCAAGCCCAAAGUCCUUCCCGGCGAUUAUGAAAUGCCAUCCAGGCUGAAGCGAGUCGGCUGGCCGCUGGAGGAUAGGCCGAAAAGAAUCAUGCAACCAAACCCGCAAGACUCAACCAUAGAUGUGUCGAACGAGAUAUGGAGACCGCCUUCGUCGCCGCACCAAGACUUUGAGCAGUAA